AUGAGCAGGAGGCAGUAUGGAUUUAUGCCAGGAAAGAGCACGGAGGAUGCCCUUUACGAUAUCCUGACGAAAGCGAGAAGCCACAUAGAAAACAAAGAGAUAGUGUUGAUGGUGUCGCUAGAUAUCGAGGGGGCUUUCGACAACGCAUGGUGGCCAGCUAUCAAGUACCAACUAUCAAAGAAAGACUGUCCCAAGCAAUUGAGACUAGUAGUGGAGGACUACUUUAAAGGCAGGAAGGUGGUGGUACGCUACGCAAACAGAGAGCAUGUGAGGCGACCUGAAAAGGGAUGCAUUCAGGGCUCGAUUAGCGGCCCCACCUUCUGGAACAUCCUGCUCGACCCACUACUGGUCGAACUGGAAGAGGACGGGACUUAUGCACAGGCAUUCGCAGACGACGUGGUGCUGCUGUUCAGUGGAACAGACACGCACUCGAUCGCGCAACGAGCAAACGUAGCCCUCGAGUACGUGAGGAAGUGGGGUAUCGAGAACAAGCUCAACUUCGCGCCACAAAAAACCAAGGCAAUGGUCCUGACGCGAAGAUUGAAGUUCGAUACCCCAAUAAUAAGGAUGAACGGACAAGACAUAGCCAUAGAGAAAGAAAUAAAACUGCUGGGACUGACAAUAGACGGAGGGCUCACGUUCAACAAGCAUGUGCAUAAUGUCACCAGAAAAGCGGCAGAAAUAUAUAAAAAAGUAUCUAGAAUGGCGAAGCUGGAAUGGGGAAUGACGGGAGACAUGGUACUCCAGGUGUACCAAGCCGUCAUUGAGCCGACGGUAACAUACGCGUCGGCAGCCUGGGCACCGACAGUAAAGAAAAUGUGCACAAAGAAAAAACUGGAGACGGUGCAACGGGCCUUCGGACAGAAGAUCGCAAAAACGUACAGGACGGCAUCGCUAAAUUCCGCGACGCUAUUGGCGGGGAUACUGCCCCUCGACCUCAGGGUGGAAGAAGCCGCCGCGAUGUUUGAGGCCAGAAGGGGGUCAUCCCCGUUUAUACGCGAAGGAGACCGGAUUGAGCGUGCCGUACCUGCUAUAGAACAACCCCAUCCUGCGGAAAGACCAGAUAUAAGCUUCGCCAUCACAACUGACCCUGGCCAAAUACAAAAUGAAAACAUAACGGCCAUAUACACAGACGGGAGCAAAACAGAGAAGGGAGUCGGAGCGGCUUGGACGAAAUGGGAGGGAGGCAGAGAACGAAAAUGGAAGAAGAUAAAGAUGGCCCCUUACUGCACCGUGUAUCAAGCAGAGCUAGCGGCUCUCGUCGGUGCAGUUAGGGAGGCGACGGCAGCGGGUGCUGACGUGAACAUCUGCAGCGACUCGAGGUCCUCGCUCGAGGCCAUCGCGGGCGGACGCUCUCGGAACCCCCGAGUAGUCGAGAUCCGCAGCCACCUGGUGGAGAGCCGAAAAAAGGGCCAAAACAUAAGACUCCACUGGGUGAAAGCGCACGUCGGCACGGAGGGGAACGAGAGGGCGGACGAACUCGCGAGGGCCGCUGCGGAGACCUCUAAGGUCAAAGCAGUCCACGUAGAGUACCCGCUGUCGUACAUAAGGAAAGAAGUAAGACGGAAAACGAUAGAAGAAUGGGACAAACGAUACAGAGAAGGGACUACGGGCGGAAUAACAAAGAUUUUUCUGAAAAAUGUUGCGAGCGCUCAUAAACAACUGAAAGAAGCGAGAUUUAGCCCUGAAAUGGCACAGAUACUCACAGGCCACGGGCCUUUUGCCGAGUACCUGUGCCGCUUCAAAUUAAAAGAAACACCAGAAUGCGAGUGCGAUAGCGGGGUGGAACAAACCAUCCCGCAUUUACUUAUAGAGUGCCCCAUUUUUGCCUCCUCCAGAUGCGACCUGGAACAGAUGACAGGCAUGGUGGUCAGUCUUGAAGGACUGCCCGACAUGCUAGCCUGUUACAGAUCGCACCUGGAGGAAUUUUGCAUAAAAAUAAUAAAGAGAACCGCCAAAUUUAAUGGAAGUAAGGGAGGGGCGGGGACCGCGAGGCGGCCGGCGCCCACUUGCUAA